AUGUCUCUAUCCAAGUUACCAUUUGAAAAUAUAACUGAAGAUGUUGUCGAAUUGGUUUAUAAAGAACUUAGAAUUGAAGUUGAGAAAUUAGAGAAUAGUUUAAAACUUGUUAAAGAAUGGUUAAAAUGUGAAUCACAUCUUCCAAACGAUGUUGAUGAAAUAUUGCUUAAAAAUUUUAUAUUAGGAUCGAAAGGUAACGUUGAACGGACGAAAGAGAAAUUAGAAAAAUAUAUAAUCGCCAAAACAAAAAUGGCCAUUUUUUCCGAUAGAAUAAUAAAGGAUAAAGAUUUCGCUUUGUAUCCAAUACAAAAAUGCAUUUAUAUUUCUCCCAAACACACCGCGGAUGGUAAUCGGAUCUUUUUAUGUAAAAUUUCCUCACAUGAUCCGACUCAUUUCAAUCAUUUCGUCACAACGAAAUAUUAUUGUCUUUGCCUUGACGUUCUGUUAUAUCACGAUACCAGCACUGGUUAUCAUUUUAUCUAUGACGCUUCUGGACUUACACCGACUUUAUUAAGCAAACUCAAUCUUAGAUUAUUAAAAGAUAGUUCCGAAUUAGUUUAUAACGUAUCUCCAAUAAGAAUCAAAUCGAUUCAAAUAGUGAAUAAUUCUGCAGCAAUGAGCACAAUUAUGAACAUUGGUAAAUUAUUUAUGAGUGAAAAAUUAAAAAGCCGAAUUUCGACUAUAACAGUUGAAGAUUUAUCAAAAAUGUAUCCAAAAAGUUGUUUACCACUUGAAUAUGGAGGAACAGACGUUAAUAUUGAUGAUGGAAGUAAAAGAUUAUUUGAAAUUUUAAGGGAAAAUAAGGAUUGGUGCUUGAAAAGUGAAGAACCAAAAUUAAUCGGCCCUAUUCCUGAGGAUAAAAAGAAUUUGUAUUCUUUUGAUGAUUUAAGUAUGGAGGGAAGUUUUAGGAAAUUAAAUGUUGAUUAAGUUAAUGCUUGGAUUUCUCUCACCGAAGCGCUCUCAUUAGGGAACGAAAUAGAUAUUAUUUAA